AUGCGGCUAGUGCCUCUCUUUGUGUACGGCUCGGAUGCGCCUGGUGGGGGUCCCGUCGGGCAGAGCGUCGAGGCUGCCGCCGCUGCUGCUGCUGCUGCUGCUGCUGCUGACGGGUCGCCCGCAGCAGCAGCAGCAGCAGCAGCAGCAGCAGCAGCAGAAGCCCGCGGCAGCUACAGCAUUGUGUCUCUCCGCAUUGGCCCCUGCAAAACUGUAGCAGCUUGCGGCUGCAGCGACGGCUACCUGCGGCUGGCAGCAGUUCCGAACGCAGCAGGGGCUCACCCCGGGGCGGGUCUUGCUGCUGCUCCCGCUGCUGCUGCUGCUGCUGCUGCUGCUGCUGCUGCGCCUGCUGCUGCUGCAGUGGCUGCGAAGGGCUGGCUCGCUCGCCUCAAACUCUACCAGCAGCAGCAACUCUCCCCAGUCACUUGUGUUGCUUGGGCCCCUGCUGCAGCUCCGCAGCUUUAUGGGGAAAGUGGGGGCCCCCUGAGUUACAGUUUGCUGCUGCUGGCAACAACAGGGGCUGGCCAGAUAGUGCAGUGCGAGGUGGCUGCAGCUCCCGCUGCUGCUGCUGCUGCUGCUGCUGCUCCUGCUGCUGCUGCUGCAGCACCAGCAGCAGCAGCAACGAGACCUGCAGAAGAGUCCAGGGGGAUCACUCCUUUCUUCGUCGAUGAGGCGAUCCCCGUGAGGCCUUCCAGAGGCGCAGCAGCAGCAGCUGCUGCUCCGCCUGCUGCUGCCAGUGCUGCAGAGUCUGCUGCUGCUGCUGCUGCUGCUGCUGCUGCUCCGCUGGUGCAGUACAGCAUCACGGAAGUCUGGAGAGACACCGUGGAGCAAGAGCAGCUGCUUUGCUGCGCCUUCAGCAGCAGCGGGGAAGUUUUUGCUGCUGCAGGAAGGGGCCGCACAAUUUAUGUUUAUUCAACUGCAACAAAAGCAAAAGUUUAUUCCUUGAAAAGAGCUGCCCCUGAGAACCCCCUGGUCUCGCUGACGCUAUCUGCUGCUGCUGCUGCUGCUGCUGCAGCUGCGCCUGCAGCACAAGCAGCAGGAGCCGGGACGCGGGGGCAGCAGCAGCAGCAGCAGCAGCAGCAGCAGGAAGACGCGCCUGCUGCAGCACCUGCUGCAGCAGCCCAGGCUGCCACAGGAGCUAGAGGAGGCCCAGCUGAACGCGGCAUGCCCCUGAGAAGUGCAGCAGCAGCAGCAGCAGCAGCAAUGAAGUUUGGGGAGGGCCGCCUGGCUGCUGCUGCUGCUUCCCGUGGCGCAGCAAGUCAUGGUGUUGCCGGCGUAGCUGCUGCCUCACGCGGACCUGCAGCAGCAGCAACAGCAGCUGCAGCACAGGCAGCAGCAGGCGCAGCAGCAGGCGCUGCACCAACUGCUGCACAAGCCACGGGAUCCACUCCAGCAGCAGCAGCAGCAGCAGCCCAUGGCGGCGUCUUGACACUUCGCCGGUCUCCUGCUGCAGCAGCAAAACACCCACCAGUUGCUGGUGUGGGGUCCUUAGAGCACCACGCACAUGGCAACCGCAUCGUGCAGGUGAUGUUUCUGCCGCCCUCAGAAGAGAAGAGCAGCAGGAGGCAUUCUCUUCCUAAGCUGCUAAAUAAACACAGUAUCAUUUCUGCAGGGGUCGAUUCCACCAUUCAGCUUUGGAAGACCGACAAACAAAUGGCAGUUGGAGGCACUGCUGAAUGCUCUCCUCUUGGGGAGUCUGUUGCGCUGCUGUCGCCUUCUGCUGCUCUGGUUGCGUCGCACCGCGACGAGAAACAGUUGAUGAUUUUGAGGCUGCCAGACCUCGAGGCCCUUCACAAGGCUCAGACGAAGCGUCCAGCAGCAGCAGCAGCAGCAGCAGCAGCAGCAGCAGCAGCAGCAGCAGCAGCAUUGACGUAUUUCUUGCCAGCUGGGCUGGAAACGGCAGGCCCAGGAGCCGCAGCAGCCGCAGUCAGCAGCAGCAGCAGCAGCAGCAGCAGCAGCAGCAGCAGCUGCCCCUGCAGCCGCAACGCGUUUCAUCUCUUUGGCCUAGAGACAGCGCAGCACCCGCCCCUCACUCUCGACAUUUGCUGCGCUGUUCCUCCGCCUCCUCGCCCGAAGCAGCAGCAGCAGCAGCAGCAGCAGCAGCAGCAGCAACAGCAACAGGCAGGGGGGCCGGGGGAGCCCCGCAUCAAACACAGCAUCAUCACUUCUUUCAUUAUGAGGGCCCCCAAGCAGCAGCAGCAGCAACAGCAGCAGCAGCAAGAGGAAGAGGAAAAACAAGAAGCAGCAGCAUCAGUCAUUUCAGGAGUGCUGCUGCUUGCAGUUGAAGGGCAGAUAGCUGUUUAUGGAAUUGUUGCUGGCCCAUCAGAUUUGAGCCCAGAGUUCUCUCGACUGCGGCAGCAGAUGCAGCAGCGCCGCUACGAAGAGGCUCUGGACGCAGCAGCAGCAGCACGAGUGCUGCAGGCUCAUGCAGCAGCAGCCGCUGCUGCUGAGCCUGCAGGUGCAGCAGCAGCAGAACGCAAAGGGGGAGCAGCACAUGAGAGAGACGACGACGAGAAGGAUGACGAUAAGGGCCUGCCGACUGCCUUACAGGGACUGAGCGGUGCUUGCUAA